UAAUGUAUACAUUAAACUCCACAUUAUCAUCAAAUUAAUUCUAAUUUUUAGAUAAUGAUGUCAACUAUGAUACUUUGAAAUACAUGACUAUUAAUCAGUGUCCAGAACUAGCUGAAGUUAUACCAUCGAUUGGUGCAAGAAUUGCACUACAAAAUUAUUUCCGCAGUAAUGAUGAUUUAUGCAAAGAAAUCAAUGCCCCUUCUGACAAUAACCUUCCUUUGGCUUCUACUUCUACGCCUUUUGUGACUCCAUCUUUGACACUUGCUCUUACGCCAGAAGAGAUGUUUGACGAAUCUCUUGAUAAUACAACAUCAAAUAAUGAUAUAAAAGCAUCUAUGGAAAAUGCUACACAAUCAUCUUUUGUAGAAGAGUCCUCUGUUAAUGAUACACAGAAUAUUGUAAUAUUAGACACUUAUGGUCAUGAUAGCGAGAUAGUAAAAGAGUUACAGAGGAUUGAUGAAACAGUGGACAUGAUGUUAGAAAACUUUGAUUUAAAGGCAUUGCUUAAAAAAACAGUAACCGGACAAGCGAUUAUAGCUUCAUACGAUGCAAGAAGUGGAUUAUCGCUGAGAUGCCAACAGUAUUUGGCAAAUAUUAUUAUCUGCCACUUUUUUGAUAAUAACAUUAACGUUCAAUUAAAUAACGAAAAAUUAAACAAGAUUGCGGAUCACAUUAUUACUCUCUUCCCUGCUGAAUGUAAAGAAGUAUAUUAUUGUCCACCCAUAAAAAAGAAACAAUCGAAAGACCAAAAAUCCGAUUGA